AAUGUUUAAUUCUUUUUGCUAUUGACCUAGGAUAUUCUUCAAUGCUCCGGUACCAAUUUUUGUCCCAUUUCACAAUCACUUUUCAUCUGCUCUAAUCCUUCAGUUUGUGAAUUUGGUUUCACCCUAUUCGAGCUUUUUCCCACUCACACGUUCCUUCCAUUUCUGAAACUUCUCCAACCAAACACGUUCUCUCUAUCGCCGUCCACUGUUUACGUUACGGCAACCUAACCACCAAAGACUGCACUAAAACCCUAAAUCAGAUCGUAUCAAUGAUUGAACCCUACAACAAGCUUGUUAAACUAGCUGCGAGAGCUUUCUAUGACGAUCUUACCAGCAAAGGAGAUAAUCAACCCAAAACGGGAAGGAGUGAUAACAGAGGAAUUGCUGUAGUUGUUCUUGAUGCGCUCACCAGACGACAAUGGGUUAGAGAAGAAGACUUGGCAAAGGACCUCAAAUUGCAUACAAAGCAACUUCGUCGAACUCUGAGGUUCUUUGAAGAAGAAAAGAUUAUCACACGAGAUCAUAGGAGAGAGACAGCAAAAGGUGCAAAAAUAUAUAGCGCGGCUGUAGCUGCUACAGCUGAUGCUGCAACAGGAAAGGAGGGAGAAGAAAAGGUCAAGCUACACACACACUCUUACUGUUGUCUAGAUUAUGCUCAGAUAUAUGAUGUGGUUAGGUACAGACUGCAUCGCAUGAAGCAUAAGCUGAAAGAUGAAUUGGAGAACAAAAAUACUGUUCAGGAAUAUAUAUGUACAAACUGUGGAAAAAGAUACAAUGCUUUGGAUGCACUGCGGUUGAUAUCUUUUGAAGACGAGGACUUCCAUUGCGAGCGUUGUAAUGGCAAACUAGAGGUUGAAAGUGAUAAGUUAGCUGCUCAAGAUGGGGGAGACGGAGGAGAUGGAGAUGAAAAUGCAAGAAGACGACGGCGUGAAAAGUUAAAGGACAUGCUUCAAAAGAUGGAGGUACAACUCAAGCCUUUAAUAGAUCAACUCAGUCGGGUAAAAGACUUGCCGGUUCCAGAAUUUGGCACCCUUCAAGCAUGGGAAGCUCGAGCUAGUGCAGCUGGGCGUGCAGCUAAUGGAGAAAAUGCUGGCGAUUCUAAAAUGUCUCAUCUGGGAUAUAAUGGAGCACCAAUGCCAUACAGUGGAGAUACCAAGGUGAUAGUUGACUUCAAUGGUACUGAAGGCAAAGGAGAGGGUGUUAAAUCUGAAACUGACAGUACAUCUUUAAAGGUUUUGCCUCCAUGGAUGAUUACAUCAGGUAUGAAUCUUACGAAGGAACAACGUGGAGAAGUGAAGCAGGAAAUAAAAAUGGAUGGGACUUCAACUUCCGCAGCAGCACAAUAUACAGAUGAGAAAAAGUCAACAAUUGUGCAUGAUGAUAAAAAUAUACAGGAUGAGUAUAUUAAGGCAUAUUACGCUGCUUUACUUAAGAAGCAACACGAAAUGGAAGAAGCUGCAAAAAAUCCCCAAGAUGGGAACGGUGCAGAUGAUCCUUCUAGCAGUACUUCCAAUCGCCAAGUUGGCAUUAAAUCAAAACGUGAGCAAGAUGAUGAUGGUACUGAAUGGGAAGAAGCUCCUGUUAGAGGAAACGGAGGUUACAAGGUGGAUUUGAAUGUUGAAGCUGAUGCUCCAGCAGAGGACGAGGACGAUGAAGACGAUGUUGACUGGGAGGAAGGUUGAUGAAAAAAAUAAAAUAAAGGUCAUUAUGAAUGUGAUGGCUUAGUCUGGUUUGCCAGGACAAGUGUUAAGUUAUUAUAACAAUACAGCUUCAAAUUAUUUACCACACAAGACCCGAGUUUGCUGCUCAUUUAUCUUAUUGUCUGUGCAUGUUGCUGUGGUGAUGCAUCCUUGGCUUGAGUUUGAGAGAAGGUGUAACAUUGACUUUUAAGUUAAUAACUAGUUUUCAACUUUUCAUCGUUUAUUGGUUGACCAGACUACCCUAGUUUGAAACUUUGCAUGUUAUGACUGGCAAAAGAAUAGUGUUCUCAUGACUCCAUUUUGUUAUGACCACGUUAAUAUUUAGCAAUGGAUAUAUUCAUUUUGUGAA